AUGAAGCUCACCUUCAUAUUCCUGGGUCUCUUUGCCUUCCUUUCACGCACCGUUAUUGCGCAGGUGGCCGGCGGGUCCACAUACGCACACGCAUUUGAAGCCAUAUAUCUCUACUACGGUUAUCUGGUUGACAUGGAAGUCACCGGAAAAUAUGGGGAAUUAGGCUCUACUUGCAUACCAACUGCAGGCAAAUCUGUUUGCACGGUGUGGGAAUUCAUCAAGAGCAUUCAAAGUCGCUAUAAUGCCGCGGCAACAGGCGAUGGGGGUAGAAUGGGCGCCCUCACGCGCCCUGAUGACAUCCCAGCGCUUGCAGACUUGCUGGUGGAACAGAACUACAACACAUAUGACUCAAAGAGAAUGUUUGCUGAAACGGUCCCUCACAGCCAUGUUCUUCUCAAGGUUACCGACAUUCUCACCAACGCACGCGACAAGCACCCCACUGUUGUUUCAGGGGGGAUUCUUGCUGAGGCCAAAGAAACUUUGAUGCGUGUUCAUGCUGAGCGUGCGCAGGAUACUCUCCAGGCUAAAAGAGAGGCCUUCGGGAUUGAAUUUGGUCGGGAGAAUAUGAGACAUAUCGUCGUGGAUAACGUGCGCAUGGAGGGCGGCGUGGCCACAUAUCAGGACAUAGAUUGGGAUGCAACUGCGAUUGCAGCGACGGAAGGCACAAGUUAUAACGCGCAAAGUGCCUUAGAUGGCUACAGAGAUUUUACCCGACACUGGACCGACCAUGUUGAGGCUAUGGGCGAUGAAGAGGUGAUUCCUGAUAGCACGCGCAUUCAUCUCCGUAUCUUGCAGAGUAUUCACACUCAGUCUGACUCACUGGGUAGUCUGGCUGCCUGCAGGGCUAUAUAA